AUGGACAGGCCCUGCUCUCUGCUCGCUCUGCUUCCCGUCCUCCUCUGCUGCAUCAUCCUCAGCUCCGUCGGCUCCGGUUCCGCCGAACCGGUCACCGCCGGCACCCCCGACGGAUCGGAGCUGUGGGGGUACGUCGAAGUCCGGCCAAAGGCGCAUUUGUUCUGGUGGUACUACAAGAGCCCGCAGAGGACGUCGAAGCGGGCGAAGCCAUGGCCGACCGUGCUCUGGCUGCAGGGUGGCCCCGGCGCGUCGGGCGUCGGGUUCGGCAACUUCCAGGAGAUCGGUCCGCUGGACGUCAACCUGCAGCCGCGCAACUCCACGUGGCUGCAGAAGGCUGACCUCAUCUUUGUGGACAACCCGGUCGGCGUCGGGUACAGCUACGUGGAGGACGACAGCUUGCUGGUGACGACGGACUGGCAGCAGGCGGCGGACGCCACCACGCUGCUCAAGGCGCUGGUCAAGGAGGUGCCAGCGCUGCAGAGCAGCCCGCUGUUCCUGGUCGCCGAGUCCUACGGCGGCAAGUACGCCGCCACGCUCGGCGCCUCCGUCGCCAGGGCCGUCCGAGCCGGCGAGCUCAACAUCACGCUCGGAGGUGUCGCGCUCGGGGAUAGCUGGAUCUCGCCGGAGGAUUUCACGCUGUCGUACACGCCGCUGCUCCUGAGCGUGUCGAGGCUGGACGACAACGCUGGCGACGAAGCGAAAAGGAUGGCGGAGACGGCGAAGGAGCAGAUCGCGGCGGGCAAUUUCACCGCCGCUGAGGGUUCGUGGAGCGACCUGAUGCUGUUCAUCGGCACCAGGAGCGGCGACGUCGACGUGUACAAUUUUCUUGAUGGCAGCUUGGACUCCGCGUCGGCGAACGCACCAACGGACUCGUCGCCAAGCACCGUGCAGGCCAUGAUGAAUUACUCGAGGUAUCUCAGCGGCCAGGACUCCGACUCCAACACCAUCGGCGGCAUCAUGAACGGAGUCAUCAAGGAGAAGCUCAAGAUCAUUCCCAAGGACCUCAAGUGGGAGGAGGAAAACCAGGCCGUUUAUAACGCGCUGAUCAAUGAUAUAAUGAAGCCAAGAAUUGAUGAGAUUGAUGAGCUACUAUCUUAUGGUGUCAAUGUUACUGUGUACAAUGGCCAGCUCGACAUAAUUUGCUCGACCAUUGGAGCAGAAGCAUGGGUUCAGAAGCUCAAAUGGGAUGGGAUCAAGACCUUCCUGAGCCUGCCGAGGCAGUCUCUGUACUGUGGCCCCAGCAAAAGCACCAAGGGUUUUGUCAGGUCCUACAAGAACCUGCAGUUCUACUGGAUUCUUGGAGCUGGGCACUUUGUACCUGUCGACCAGCCUUGUCUCGCGCUGAGCAUGAUCGGCAACAUCACCCAAUCUCCAGCAAGUUAG